AUGCCAAAAUCCGGACAGCCGGAGCGGAAGCCUGGCCGCGGACCUGUCAAGCUAGCGUGCCUGUCUUGUCGUGUGUCGAGAAUUCGCUGCGAUGGCGACCAACCGUGCCACGGAUGCCGAAUACGAAGCCGGGAUUGUUCAUACACGCCUAGUCGGCGCGGAGGGUCACGGAAGAAGAGAAACCUGCCGACAAAACCAACCACUAAUGAACAGCCUGAUCUUGCGUUUCCUUCUCCUCCCCUGAGCGAGAUUGAUCAUCUUACCUCGCCUGGCGCCGGACUGAGACUCCUCUCCUUUGAUGAGAUACAGUUGCCGACUGAUGCGGCUAGUCUUGCAACGAGCGACUCUGGAGCUAGGGAUAUCCCACAGCAGACUGUGCGCGUAUAUGACAGUGAGCAGUCAAUAUUGAACGCCUAUUACAUCUACAUCCAUCAGUAUUUCCCAAUAUUGCCACCGCCUGUUCAGCCUAUAACUCCUGACAACCCGAUACGGAGCACAAGCCUCGAAGGAUGCUUCCCACUAACCCUCACUUCGCCAUUGGCGCUGGCCAUGUCUGCGAUGCUGGCUCUCAUUCCCUUUGCGGACCAGGAGCCACUGGACGUGUCAUCCGAAGAGCCUCUUAGAAGGGCGGUAGCCCACAAGUUGGCUCAGUUGGCGCUGGAAGGCGUUGAAUCUGACUCGGAGCUCCUUGAUUGCACUCCAGGUGGUCACCCGAGCCCAGUUCCUUUCAAGGGGCAACCCAUUCCUCGUUUCCCCUUACAUCAUACAACCCCGGUCAUGCUUGAAGGACUACUGGCGCUGUUGCUUUUGAGCAAUUACGAACAUACUCAAAGAGGAAACAUGCUCAAAAUGACAACAAGAGCUAGUCAAGCGUUAAUCAUGGCCAAAAAUAUGGGUCUCCACCGUCUGACGGAGUAUGAUGAUGAGUUUGCCGAAGCCAAAAGGAGAGCAUGGUGGAUGAGUUACUUUCGCGCUCAAUUGUGCUCAGUCGUUCGACAAAGCGCAUCCGUCACCAUGGAAGAUGACAGCCACUACACCACUCCAUACCCUGCGAUAGACGGAGACCCCGAGGUUUGGCCACUGUUUAUCGAGUCCCUUCGUGUGUCUUUUGGGACGGUUCGCAUCGCAGCGAUCAAAGUCCCGCCUUCCACAAAGACCAAUUCGGAGCUGUUACGUUCUAAAUCCGAGCAAAUCGCGGCAAUAGACGCUCGAGCUGUACAACUGAUUGAACGUGCUAAAAGCGGCCUGAGAUCCAAACCAUCCCCCACCAACGGGGAGCGACCGACCGAGCAACUUGUAGCUAAAACUAUGCGCAGUAUUGCGGCUAUACGCAGUUCUAGUGCCAGGAUUCGGCUUCAUAGGUAUCACGCAUUCUCGGAUAUCCCUUUGUUCAGCAUGAAUCACUGUGAUUUGAGCUCUCCGGACUUUGUCCCUAAUACGGACGAUCUUAUUCCGCGAACCAACCCGCUUGAGUCAUCGCCUUUUACAUUCGAUGAGGCCGCUGAGGUAUGCGUGGAAUCAGCGCUGGAAGUGUCUCGGCAACUGAAGAAACUGCCGUACCCCGACAAGGCAUUCACUACGGUCCCCGCUCGAAUGACUCCAACUAUUUUAUGCUGUGCAAUGCAUGCCAGCUAUGUCAUGAUGAUGCAGUUCUAUCGACUGUAUCUGAAGCACCAGCAAGAGGCUGGCAGUGUCAUAACGACAAGCUUUGAGCGUCGCGUGGAUGAACUUCGCCAUGCCCUGCAAGACGUUAUCUCAACAUUGGAUGGCUUUGCAAAUGUUCUCGAAGCUAUUCGGGGAAUGAAGGUUGAUGUCGAAGCCGUUUUCACUGUUGCAUUCUCCGAUAUGAUGACUUGA